GCGAAAGCGUCGCACCAGAAAAUCGUCCGCGAUGAAAAUCAUGUCUUCAGAACGGGAGCCGCUCUUAAACGGCCAAGUGAUGAAUUGUCCGAAGAACUGUCUUCAUCACUUGCUAGCCCAGGCUGAAGGAGAUGGUUCUGUUGGGGAGAGCAGCAGCGCCCCCCGACAGAGGCACCCGUCACUGCAGGACCAGAUGAACAAGGUCCUGACACCAGUGGAGAAGUUCCCCCUCCUGCCCUCCAUCUCCCCCAUGCCCACCCACAGUUCAAGGGUUAAACAGCUGCAUGUGGAUGAAGACGACUAUCAAGCCCACAGGAAUGUCCAUCUUCACGUGCAUCAUCCCCUCAAGACCCACAUCCACCGUCGAUACUCCUCCCCUUCCAUCAGUAAGGACCUCUCUCAAAAGGGGCUCUCCUUACCCGAGGACACAGACGUCCCCAAGCCGGGAAAAGGAUCCAAACGGCAUCGCAAGGACAAACCUAAGGAUGCCAAGAAGCCUCGCGAUGUCGAAAAGGUAGCGAUUGAUGUCGAAGAUCGAUCUGAAGAUGAUAAAGUGGAGAAGGAAGAGAAAGCGGAGACGUCUGAUUCAACGAAGGCUUCGCUCGUCAGGACGGAUUCGUACGAAGCAGCGGUAAGAGGAUUUACCGACCUUGGAGCGACAGAUGCAAGUGACGAGAGCCUAACAAGCAAGCUCUGCAAGGAACCAUCCAACGCUUCCAUCAAAGCACUGUCCAAGACGUCUUCCAAGGAAUCUACUCAAGACACAGCAAGUGAUGAGGUUUUGGGAAGUAAUGCUCUUCAAGAAAAGACCCAUGGAGAGUCUGUUGAAGAGCCUGAGACUGUGACAAGUGCCACAACUGAAGCAAGGGCAUCGCCUGAGCCAAGUUCGUCCAAAGGAUCUGAAACAAGUUUGGAAAGCGCCAAGGCUGCUCUAGCGAAAGUGUUAGCCCGAAAGGAUUCUGCGAUGGAAAGUAAGUCAGAUGCUGACGAAACCGUACGACCAUCACCGAGUCAGGUCGCUCUGUUAAGGGGUGACAUCAGCAGGGAGAAUUCCUCGAAAGAAUUGAAGAGCAUCCUUAAGAACGCGUCGUCAUUUAAGACACGCGAAGACUCACAGAAGUCGUUGGUGGAUGGCGCUGAUGCGGUGGCGGCUGGAGACACCGGAGACGUGGAUGUUACAGCCUCACAGAAGAAAGCAACGUUUAUAAUUGGAGGAGAUGUGGAGGAGGAGGAUCAUGAAGAAACUGUGUUUAACCUGGUGACAACAGCAGAAGAUGAUGCUAAGAAUGCAGAAGCUGAUGACAGACUCAAUGAGAUGCCGCACUUCCGCGAGGGUGACAAGGAUGCCUACAAGAGGAAAAGCCAUAGACACCAUCAUGGCCAUCACCAUAGCCAUCACCAUGGGCAUCACCAUCAUCAUCACCAUCACCACAAGAAGGUUCCCACGCCCAUGGACAGACUGCGUAUCGGCAGCAUGACCAAGACGGAUGCCGAGAUCUAUCACAAGAUGCCCACCGAGCAAGAGGAGGCACAGAAACUACUUACGCCGGAUCUUAACGAGAUGAUCAGCCAUCGUCUUGAAGACGUCCCAGGCCGGAGGAGACACAGGAUUAAGAAACCCAACGUCAGCUCCAUGGUGUACAUCGGGAAACAGAGAAAACCUCAGAAGAAGAUAUCAGUGGAGGCCAAGAAGUCCUUGGACAGGAGUCCUCAUGAGGUGUUUGUGGAACUCGACACGCUGCACGCCACAGGUGAAGAGGGGGAGCUGGUGUGGAACGAGAGCGCUCGCUGGAUCAAGUUCGAGGAGGACGUCCAGCAGGGCGCGGAGCGGUGGGGCAAACCGCACGUGUCCUCGCUGUCCUUCCACAGUCUACUGGAGCUCAGGAAGGGGCUAGAGCAAGGCUCUGUCCUGUUGGACCUUAAUGAGACAGAGCUGCCCAACAUCAUGCACCAUGUUGUAGAGAACAUGAUCAUCACAGACCAGGUCCGACCUGAGGACAGGGGUGACAUCAUGAGGGCUUUAUUGCUCAAACACAGCCAUCUGUACCAGAAGAAACGUCACAAGGUCAUCCCGUACAACUUCUCGUCAGGAAGCCUGCUGGGUUUCCUCGGGCACCGCGAGGACAGCAUGGCGUCCACCAGUCAGUACGGUGGUAGUCCGUCCGCGACGAGUCUGGACACCAUGGAGGCAGGGUUAAAGGUCGGUAAACAGUUCACAGUUCCAGUACCAACAACUCCUACUCUGCACAAGUCCCCGACAGCUAAAUCCACCCUCAGCACCAAGAGUACACAGAUGGACAUCAAGUCUAAGGUCCCUAUCCUGAAGAAGAUCCCUGAAGACGCGGAGGCCACCACCGUACUGGUGGGAGCAGUGGACUUCCUAGAUAAACCAACCAUGGCGUUCGUUAGGCUGGCAAGGGGAGUAGAGAUCGGCACCCUGACUGCAGUCCCCCUCCCUGUCCGCUUCCUGUUCGUGUUGCUGGGACCCACCAGUGGAGCUACAGACUACAACGACAUUGGUCGCUCCAUAUCUACACUCAUGGCUAAUGAGGUCUUCCAUGAAGUGGCGUACAGAGCGGACGACCGAAGCGACCUCCUGAGGGGCAUUAACGAGUUCCUGGGGGACAGUAUCGUGCUGCCCCCUGGCGACUUCGACAGGCGACUGCUGGAGCCAAUCGCUAGGCUGCAGAGGAAACGACUGCGGAGGAGGAGACAGAAACUACAAGAUGAGGAAGGAGUUCUCAAGAAGAGUGUGUCCAAUGAGCCUGAAGACGACCCUCUGAGGAGGACGGGAGAGUGUUUCGGGGGUCUGAAGAGGGACAUUCAGAGGAGGUUCCCCUACUACGUCAGCGACUUCGUGGACGGCCUGAACUUCCAGUGCCUCAUGGCUUUCUUCUCCAUCUUCUUCACCUGUGUGACACCCGUCAUCACCUUUGGUGGUUUACUGAGCGACAAGACCCAUAACCACAUCGGAGUGUCGGAGAUGAUCAUCGCUACGGCCAUCAGUGGUGGUCUGUUCUCCCUGCUGGCAGGGCAGCCCAUCAUCAUCAUCGCAGCUACCGGACCCUUCCUGGUGUACGACCAGAGUUUAUACGAGUUUUGUGAAAGCAACGGUAUAGAGUUCAUGACGUGGCGACUGUGGAUCGGCCUGUGGAUACUGGUCAUCUGUAUCAUCACUGUCGCUUUCGAGGGGGGCGUCUUCGUCCGCUACGUCACCAGAUUCACGGAGGAAGUCUUCGCCUUCCUGAUCUCGUUCAUCUUCAUCUACGAAGUCUUCAAGUUUCUGUCUAAGGUGUAUCCCAACCUGUACGCAGAUCCGGACGGAUACGAGGCGAAGGAGACCAUCACCGCGCUUAUGUCAACCAUACUCUGCUUCGGGACGUUCUUCAUCGCAUACUUCCUUAGAAAGUUUAAGAAUAGCAAGUUCCUUAGUCGUAGGGCCAGGAGAGGUUUGGGAGACUUUGGGCUCCUGAUUUCCAUCGUGGUGAUGGUCUGCAUCGACUUCUUUUUCCAGGACGAUUAUACAGAGAAACUGGAGGUUCCUAACGGCUUCACACCCACGAACACUACGCUGAGAGGCUGGAUCAUUAAUCCCAUGGGGAAGGACAAGACAAUCCAGGUCUGGGCCAUCUUUGCUGCCGUCAUCCCUGCAUUCCUCGUGUACAUCCUCCUCUUCAUAGAGAUACAGAUCACAGAGAUGAUCAUCAACAAGAAAGAAAACAACCUUAAGAAGGGAUCUGGUUACCACCUGGACCUGUUGUUGAUCUGUGGUACCGUGGCUAUCAGUGGGUUCUUCGGACUCCCGUGGAUGUGCGCGGCGACUGUUAGGUCCGUGUCGCACUUCGAGAGCUUGACGGUGUACAGUGAGACUCACGCGCCCGGUGAGAAACCCAAACUGCUGUCAGUGAAAGAACAGAGACUUACCAACCUUCUGGUGCAUAUCAUGAUGGGAAUAACAGUGACUCUCCAGCCUGUCCUGCGUAGAAUCCCGCUGGCCGUGCUGUUCGGAGUGUUCCUGUACCUGGGGAUCACGUCCCUCGCUGCUACACAGAUCUUUGAGAGGAUCGGCCUCAUGUUCAUGCCUCCUAAACACUACCCCAGCAGUGUGCGCUAUAUCAGAAAGGUGAAAACGAGGAAGAUCCACAUCUUCACAGUGAUCCAGCUGGUGUUUAUCACUCUCCUGUGGAUUGUGAAGUCGACCCAGGCCGCCCUGGCCUUCCCCUUCCUGCUGAUCCUGCUCAUUCCCUUCAGGAACCAUGUCAUGAAUAAGUUCUACACUGAGACAGAGAUGGAGGCACUGGAUGCUGAGAGUGAUGGAGAGGAUGAUGAUGAAGACGUGGAUGCAUAUGACACUGCACGUCUGCCAUUCUAAACAACCAAUCACAACCCUGGAUCUUCUCCUUCCAACCAAUCAUAAGUAAGAAUACCAACUGCAUAUGACUGUGUUUGUGCACCCUAAAGAAACCAAUCACAAGCCUAGAUUUUCCAAUGUCAGCCAAUCAUAUGUCAGAGCACCAACUGCAGGUUUUUAACACCAUGUUCUAAACAGCCAAUCACAAGCCUGGAUAUUCUAGCCAAUCAUAUGCAAGAACACCAAAUGCAGCUUCUUUGUGAUUGGUUGAUAGUAGUCUUUAGUUUAUUUGUGUUUGAGACAGUUUGAGAUGCAUUGUUUUAUCAAUUUGAAAUUGAAUUUUGCUCAUGAGAAAUAAGAAUAUAUCUAAAUAUAUGCAAGUAAAAGUGUUCUGAGAAUGCAUUUUGUAAAUAAAAUUCCCCAUAGCAAUUUGAUGACGCCUACAUUGUACAUUUGUAGCUAAAAAAAGUUGAAUAUGUCAUUAGGAAAUUAAGAACUGAAAGAUAUUCUUAGCUAAAAAAAACUCCUUGCUUAGAUGUGUUUUAUGAAAUUCAACACACGAUUGUACAAUGUACAUUUUUUCCCACCAAAGCAAUUUAAUGCAGCCAAUCUUCAUUUGAAAAGAAUUUAAAAGAAAAGUUUCUAAUAGUAUGUGAAGUUAUAAUUAGUAUACAACUUUGCCAUGUAUGACAAUGUGCAUCAUUUACACAAGGAAAAAAUAGAAGAUUCUAGCAAAACAUUUGGUGCACUGACUAAAACACAAUGACAUAGAAUUUAAUUAUAUAUCCAUGUACAUGUAAUAGAUAUUUUUAUCGUGCAAUUGGAACGAAAAUUUACCAAUGAGUAUUGUGCCAUAUAUGCACAAAUGUUAAUGUUGCAGUGGCCAAUAGUUAGUAUAUAGACAGGAUAAACUGAAAAUUGAAGACUGGAUUUUCAAGAAUUAACUGACAGUGUGUGUAAAAUGUAACACUCAGGGUUUCUGAGCAUUGUUACUCGUUUUAGGAAACAGAAGUUUCAUGUGACUGAUUAAAUAGUUGAAUCUUAGGGAGCUACAGAUUCUGAAAUACAUAUAUUAGUUAGGUCAUACUGUAAAAGCCAGGAUUUUGAAGAAUAAUGUGUGUAUAAUGUAACGUUCAGGGUUUCAGAGCAGUGUUGUUGGUUUUAGUAAAAAGAGAUUUCAUGUAUUACUAACUGAUUGAAUUGUUAAAGCUAGUAGCUCCGAAAAUGUCCUUUAGUUAGACCAUACUGAUAUGAUUAUAUAAAUGACAUCCUUUGGGUAUUCUGAAACAAAUGCGAGUGUGAAAAGAAAAGUCUGAGGGAAAAAGAAAUACCAUCAGUAUGAAAUGUUGAGAGCAAAUUGCCGAGUAUACCAAACGAUAAAUUGUUUUUUUUUUUUUUAUCUUUCACAUCUUCUUUGACUUUGGUAUUCUAGAACUCUCAUAUUUUAGCCAUUUUCAGAUUUGGGGGACAAUUUUGGUCAUUUGCAGCUUUUUAGUAUAAUUUACAUUUAUAUGGUUGCAAACUUUGCGGGUGGGGGCAAAAAUUGACACCAAUAUAUAUAAUAUGCAGAUGUCAUCCAUAUAAUCAAGUACUAGUAGAUAAUAAGAAAAUGACUACAAGUCAGACUUCUAGUAUUUGUAUCACGUAACCACAGAAUAUGCCAGAUAAUAAAUUUUGAAAACUAGACAUUCCAAGAUUAUCAAGAAAGAGAUUAGAUUGCUUAAAUUUUUUUAUACAUUUUGUAUAUCCUGUACUCUACAAGAGCCAUAUACUAAAUUUAAACCAAAUUAAACAAGGAAACAACUAGGGGGGUUGCAGUUUAUGCAUAAUAUGAAUAUAUAAUACACAGUGUAGGGAGCUCCAUAGCCCUACUUAGUAUAUAUGUACAUGUAGUAAAGGUUAAGAUACUGCCAUACCCUUAAGUGUAUGGAACUCUUAGUAGGUUUUCAGUCCACUAGGGAAGUACAUGACAGUAUAUUGUUAGUAACACGUUUAGCAUGUGAAAAACUCCACCAAACUUUUACUAGCUUCUGCAAAUCGCAAAACUUUUGCAGUGGUUUCUUUUACACCCAUUAAGAACAGAAUGGGGGGGGGGGACCUAAAGACAUUAGAUAGAACUCUGGACACCAAAAUUGAUUAUUACAGAUUAUUAAAAAAGAACAUUGCAAUGUGGAAACAACAAUAGACCUAUAUCAUAGCCCUGCCCACCUAUGUCAAAAACAAAUAUGCAAAUUUUAAAUUGUUGGACAUGUAGCCAGCCUCUCAUUGGUCAAUCCAAUAAUUGCGAGUCUCUUAUUGGUUGAACUGCUAAUUGUGAUGGACAGAUGGUGUAGUCUGUGUUUUUGUAUGCAGAACUGUAACUUUGAUGUUUAUACAAUAAUACAGAAAAAUGUUUAAUCCAGAAGAAAAGGAAGUGAUGUGCACUUGGCUAGAAUGCUGCUAUAUGUGAAAUGAAGAAGAAAUUAAAUGAAUGUUGUACCCUUUGACUAGGGCUGUCUCCAGGACCUGUCUAUCUGUCCCUUGACAAAAAAUCUUGUUUUAUAGAGAAAAAAUUGUUUCUGAAAAAGAUUUAAUGACAGAAAAACAUUUUUUUUGUAACCCUAAAAUUACAGAUCGACAAACAGAAACAAAUUACAUGCAUGGGCUUCCAAAUUCCAAUUAAAUCAAAUUUUGCAUUUUCCCUUACUAUACCCCAACUGUUAAUAAUGGUUGGUGCCUUAAGCCUACAAUAUGGAAUUUUUAAGCUGGAGACAGUCCUGAUUGGAACAGAGAAUUUAUAGAGAAUAUACUGUUUGAUCAAAGCCACACGUACUUGUAGUACUCAGUCUUUUAGAUGUACAUAAUGUGUUAACCAGAUUGAUUGUAAUUGUUAUAAAAUGUCUAAUUGUGCCUACAAUGCCCUACAUGUAUAUAUGAGAUAUGCGCAAAUCUCCGGAUGAAAUGGCCAGUGACAGUCUUGGUAAAGAAGCCAUAAUUGCUUUCUGUCAUUAAGCUAGUAGAACAUGUUAACUGUUGUCUUACGUACUUAAAUAUCACCUUUAUGGAACAGAACUAUUGUAACUUCUGUUCCUGGUCUUUGAUAUACAGUGAAAUCUGUACAAGUGACAACCUCUGCAUAAGGACCACAUGGUUAUGGAUACAUAUGAAUGAAUACAGUCAAACCUGUACAUAAGGACCACCUGACCAUUGAUAUACAGUCAAACCUGUACAACACCUCUACAUAAGAGCCACCAUACAUCUACAGUCAAACCUGUACAAGUGACCAACUCUACAUGUAUUUUGGUGGUUCCAAUUUGCAUUGACACAAGCAUUACUAAUCCUGUCUAUAGUGACCACCUGUCCAAAUAGACCAGAUUUUGAAUGGUCCCCUGAGUGGUCUUCUUAGGCAAUUUUGACUGCAUGUUCUUGGAAUUACUUGGGAAACUUUGUUAAAAAAAGAUGAGCAAUUGAAGAAGUAAUAAGUUUAUUGUGAUUAUGUCAAUCAAUACUCUACCAAGUAUUGUAUUGGUCACUUUGUAUUGAAUGCUGUUUUGGACAUGUGUGUAAUUCAUAUCAUUAUUUAUAUGUAUAAUCUUUGAAUACGUCGCUAGUGCUCUGCAAAGCAGUGUGCCAUAGUUGCUUUAGCGCAAGCAAAUUUCAAGAUCUUUUUCUCUCUGCAUCUUUUGAAUGAAAAAAACAGCACACUUGUUUUAACAUUUUUACAUCAAAAUAUGAAUGUAUUAUUUGUCGUUUGUGAUGUUUUUGUGAGAGUGGAAUGUAAAUUGUGCCCUGUGGUACUGAUAUAUGUACAUGCUUUGAUUCUUGGCUGCAUGGAAAAGAAUAACCCGCAGCCGUAGUGCCAAGUUUCACCUAUUUUUGUAUCGCACCAUCAGCCAAAAAUAAAGCAGUGCUUUGAGUAA